UUGACCAUAUCCAUAAUGCUCCAAGAAAAACACGAUGCUGCUAUCAGCCAAAUUUUUGUUUGAUUAUCUUGCUAUUCUCUUUUUCUUCUAAGCUAUUUGAUUGGAUGAUAAAAAGAUCCAAGUAUCAAUAUCAAUUGAUUUGAUUAGUGGCAGUUCCAACAAUGGAGGUUGUGGUAUCUCCAACUCUAGAGAAUGACACAAUAACAACACUCUAUGAAGCAUCACUAAAUGGCUCUGUAAGUACCUUAAACACCCUGAUCCAAAGGAACCCUCUGAUUCUGCAUAGAGUUUCACUCUCUCCAUUCAGUGAAACCCCAUUACACAUAGCCUCUUUGCUAGGACAUUUGGAAUUCUGUGAGGCACUUCUUAAAAGGAAACCAAGUCUAGCAAGUGAAGUUGACUCUGAAAGACGUUCCCCUCUUCAUUUGGCUUGUGCUGAAGGGCACACUGAGGUUGUGAAAGCUCUUUUGCAUACAAACCCUGAUGUUUGCUUGGCUAUGGACAAAGAUGAAAUGCUUCCUCUCCACUUGGCUGUGAUGAGAGGACACACUGGAGUUAUUAAGGAGUUGACCAGAGCCAGACCAGGCUCAAUUCAACAGAACACUAUUGAUGAUGGUUCUGUUUUGCACUUGUGUGUUAGGUAUAAUCAUUUGGAGGCCUUGAUAUUCCUUGUGCAAUCAGCAACAAGGAACCAACAACAGUUCCUGCUUGCCAAAGACAAAGAGGGUGACACAGUUCUGCAUUUAGCAGUGAGGCUCAAACAAAUUAAGACCAUAAAACACCUACUUAUGCUACCUGAAAUGAGAACAGCGAUUAGUGCUUUAAACAAGGCAGGUUUGACAGCUUUGGAGAUGUUGGAGCGCUGUCCAAGAGAUUUUAUAAGCCUAAAAAUUGAAAAGAUGCUACUUGAAGCUGAAGUUCAAACUGGCACUGCACAACAAGGGUCACCAUCACCAAGAAUAGCUACUCAACCAUCAAAUCAAUCCAAGAGAAGCAAGAUGUGGGAAACAUUAUGGUUAAAAUACUUACAAUACCAAAGUAAUUGGAUAGAAGAGAAAAGAGGAACAUUGAUGGUAGUAGCCACUGUAAUUGCCACCAUGACUUUUCAGUCAGCAAUAAGUCCACCAGGUGGGGUUUGGCAAGAAGAUACAAUAACUGGUGGACACAACUGCACUACUUAUGGCAUUUGUAAAGCAGGCACUGCAGUUUUAGCAUAUGAUUGGCCACAUGGGUUUCUGAAAUUCAUGACCUUCAACACCACCUCUUUCUUCUCCUCUCUUGCUGUGGUGCUGCUUCUCAUAAGCGGUUUUCGCCUUGAGAACAAGCUCAUGAUGUGGAUCUUGACCAUGGGUAUGACUUUGGCACUCACAUUCAUGGGACUCACAUACUUUUGGGCACAGAGCUUGGUCACCCCUGAUCACAUUGUUGAUAAAGUUAAUAGGAUGGGAAUUCCUUUGUCCAUAGUUUGGGUGAUCAUGCUUCUAGUGGCUGUUUUGGUUCAUGGGGUUAACUUGUUCUUGUGGGUAAAGAAGUAUGUAAAGAAGUGGAAGAAGCAGAAGCUGCUGCAGAGCUAAAAGUCAUUGCUCGCGAGAGUUAGUCCAGUGAAUGAGAAUUACAAUUACCCCUUUGAAGUUUGCAAUAUAAAAUAAUAAUUCUUGCAUAUCCAGUUGUUAGUUAGAGAAAUAGGAUUGUGACAACAACUAAGAUAAAAUAAUUGUGAUUGGAUAUAAUCAUCACAUGGAAUCUAAAAAAAUUAUGUGUUAAAAUAAUUUCAACUGCAGCGAACAGUUUGUAUGUAAUUAAGCAUGCUUAUUAUUCAA